AUGUCGAGCAUGGAGCCUUCGACCAAGGACCUGCAUGUGCGGAUGGCGUCUGGCAAGCACAUCACGAUGCACCUAGCUUUGCGAGACAGGAGAACUGUUAAGGAACUGAAGGAGGAAUUGUGGGAACGCAAGUUUUGCUGUCAUUCACCGCGCAGGCAAUUGCUUCUGCACGAUGCAGAGCUUUUGCACAACGACAUGCGAUUAAUGCGAUUACAGCCCCCUCUCGACUUGACCCUCGUGUUGAUUGAUUUUGUUACCGAUCAGGUGGAUAAGCUUGCAGAGGCAGCCGCAAGAGGUGCUUUGGACGAGGUUCAACGCCUGCUGCAACAAUGCUUUCAAGAUCCUAACCAAAUCGAUAGUGCAGGAAGAACGGCCCUUCAUCGUGCAUCUGCAACAGGGGAAGUUGGGGCUGCAGAGUUGUUGGUGGAGGCCCAGGCGGAGCUGGACAAGGUUGACUGCGAAGGUUGGACGUCUCUCCAUUUUGCAGUACUUUACGGCCAGCAGACAAGCAUACAGUUCUUGUUGCAGAAAAGGGCUGACAGCCAAAAGCAGAACAACGUUGCACAAACCCCGGUUGAGCUUGCAGCGAUCUAUGGCAACGACAGCGUUCGUCUUCUGUUGCUAUCGUCACUGCGACCUCCAUCACAACGGACAUCUUCAGCACGGCCCUAUAUAUUUCACGGUCGGCCAUCGCUGCUGCAUGACAUGAUAAUCCAUGGACACGACGAGAAGGUUCGUCAGAUGUUGCAUGUGGUUAGUGAGAUGAGCCAUCCCUAUGACCAUGCGUCAGAGCCGGACUCCUUCUUUGAAACGCUUUGGAGUGUGACAAGUGCGGGCAGUCUUCCGUGGGAUAGCUGGUGGGAGAGACUUCCAAGACGCCUCUCCAUCAUGCGGCAAUGCUGGGCAGGGAGAACAUCCUUGCUUUAUUGUUGA